CUACCAAUAGCCAUGUUAGCUAGUUCUAAUAUUACCUUUUAUGUAGGCCUCAUCUGCAUGGAUAUAGGCUAUGAAAUCAUUUUACUGUCAUUUCAAAAGCACCACACAUAUCCCAGCAACAGAGUGGACGAGAGAAACAUAUACAUUCGUUUAGCCUACAUUUUUCACCACACUGUCAAUAAAAACAGAAAGAAAUCUACAUAAAUUAGCUAAUUGGGAUUAAAUUUGCAUAGGCCUAUGCAUCAUAGGCGGCAAAGGUGUGACCGCAUCUGCAGGAGAGAAUGGCAUAGUCUACCACUUUAGGUAACAUUAGGGUUUAGGUGGUCAUCUGUUUUGUCUGUUGUGAAACAAAGCAGACCUGAGUUUACCUGUUGACUGGAGCUUGCCACUCCCUUUCCAUUGACGCUAUUUCAACCUGAGGAAAGCAGAGACACCGCAGGUUGCCUCAUUGAGAUUCUUACCGAGUGGACCUCGCACUAAACCCAGGUUAUAUUAUUGGCCAUACUUUGGACACGUUAUGGAUGUAGACUGGUGACAGCGACUCACAGAGUUCACUUUCUUCGACACAAGAGCUCUUUGUCACUGAAGUUUGGAUGCCAGCAUUUUUCAACAAUGGGAUCCGUUCGGAAGAGGAAGAGUAUUUUGAAACGUGUGCUUUGGUUUCCUAUCGUGCUCUGUGUUUUCUACAUCACAUCACCAUCUUUGAGACUUUUAAUAGGCCUCAUACCUAUGGACAAAUGUUCUUUGGAAAGUGGAAAGAUGCUGUCUCCGGACAACAGUGCGGAUACCAACCUUGACCUUGGGUCCAGAAGUGACGUGCAAACGUGUACAUCUUGGAAAGCUCCCAUCAUCUGGGAAGGGAUGUUUGAUCCUAAAAUGUAUGACCAGAUGCACAAGAAGGAAGGAUCCAGUGUAGCUCUAACAGUAUUUGCUGUAGGCAGGUACCUGGAUGCUUACCUCAAGACCUUCCUGAACUCAUCAGAGCAUCACUUUAUGCUGGGUUUGCCCGUCACGUAUUAUGUGUUUACGGACACGCCGCAGAAGGUGCCAGACAUCAACCUUGCACCUCAGCGAAGCAUAAAGGUCGUCAAAGUGGCGAAGCACUCCAGGUGGCAGGACAUCUCUAUGAUGCGAAUGAAGACAAUAUCAGAUGUCAUAGAGUCGGAUAUUCGCCACCACUGCACGCAUGUCUUCUGCUUUGACGUGGAUCAGGUGUUUACUGGGAGAUUUGGUACAGAGGCCCUGGGAGAUUCUGUGGCUCUGCUCCACGCCCACUACUACCACCUUCCAAAGACAUUGUUCACCUACGACCGCAACCCGAGGUCCAAGGCGUACAUGGAAACUGGGGAUUUCUACUACCACGCUGCUGUCUUUGGUGGCUCGUGGAAGCGUGUAAAAGCGUUGACUGAAGCCUGCUAUCAGGGUAUCAUGGAGGAUAAAUUGAAAGGUGUGGAGGCUCUGUGGCAUGACGAGAGUCAUCUCAACAAGUACCUGUGGCUUCACAAACCAAGCAGGGUGCUCUCUCCGGAGUACUGCUGGGACACCAGUAUCGGCUACAGGAGUGACAUACAAGUCAAGCGACUUCUGUGGGCACCGAAAAACUACAAAACACUGCGCACCCCUUAGCGUGUUUUGGAAUUAAAGCUCAUAAUCACCUACUUUAUUUAAUUAAUGAAACUGCCAGACAUUAAGUUUUCAUGCUCCCUGACUCUUUUUCUUAUCUUGGGGUUCAUGAGCACAUCUGCAAGUGUGCCUUUACCUAAUGGAAAUAAUGUGUCACUGACCUCCUGGUCUUUCAGAUAAUCAUGUUUUCUAGGACUCUGGUAAAUCUAUGCAAAUGCUGUCUUUGCUUCACUGUCACUAUAAGUGUAUAAUGUGUUAAAACAGAAACAUAUCUAAGUGUGUUUAAAAAGUAUCAAGUGGCAGAAAAAGCAACUUGCACAGUUUCACUGUAGUUCAAGCAGUCUUGAAGAGCAAUAGUACUAUGCUAAGAUUUAAAAGAGAAAUGAUUUGUUUGAUGUAAAAAUGUUCAGGUUUGACUGGCAUCUACUAUUAGUAAAGCUUCAAGUCUGUUUGUUAUAAAAAUGUAAUCAUGGACAAAUAAUUAUGAAAUGUUCAAUUAUCAGUACCGGUUGAUCGCACCUAUGUGUGCCAGUUUAAGAUUUCCUUCUCUCCCAGUUCUUUUUUUUUUUUUGAUGGACAAUAUUUAUUGACCUUUUAUAAACCACUUGUUUGUUUCAUGAGAUGGAGGAUAAUACAACAUCAGCUGCCUAUAUUCUUUCAUUUUGAACUUUUUUUUUUUUUUUUUUUUUUUUGUCUGGACUUCUGUUCUAAAUGGCACAUAUCUAGUUUCACUCAGAGCUUUAAAUGAAUUGCUGUUGAUGAAAAUGACUGAACUCUUUCUACAUUUAUUUUAUUGGAGUAUGACACACAAGUACAAAUGCAUUUCAUGCAUAGAUGUAUGAGGCAUUCUUCCAAGCUUUUUUUUUUGGGGGGGGGGGGCAGGUUGAGACGCAUUUCAUACACAGGAACUCCUUUUCCCAGGGACACUAUCUCUGUACUUGUAUUUUUUUUAAGGAUUUGCAAUGAUUGUAAUACAAUAAUGAUUAUUUGAAAGAUGUAUUAAAAAAAUAUAUUUGUAUGUCUCUUUCAAGAAGAAAUAUAAUAUUCCACAACA